AUGUCCAUGUUAGAUGUCCUUGACCUACCGCAACUCUACACCAAGCCCUCCGCCGAGGCCCUCCUCGAAACCCUCGCGCUCCUUACCACCGCUCCGCCUUCGUGGGAAUAUACAACUACAAGGCACACAGACCGCGAUGGGAAGGCAGUGAUAGAGGCGCGCGAGCCUGCAGUUCAGGUCAAUCCAGAGGGCGUCACACGAUACCUCACGACCAUUAUCAGUAGCGGGCUGCAAUGGAUAGAAGACGAUGAAGUCAAGGAGCGCAUAUGGGAUCAAGCCAGCGCGCGCCUCAGUGAGCGAUCCGGUCGAUCUGCCAUGAGCACCAUGUCGCGCACUUUCCAGAUUCCCACCUCGUCCGACGCAUUCGAGCUUCAGAUCCACGAGCCUGCCAUGACAGGCGACGAUCUGGGCCUGAAGACCUGGGCUGCUUCCUAUAUGCUUGCGAAGCGCCUCAGAACCUUCCAUCUCGUCUCCUCGGACACACAAAAUCGGCUACAAGUCCUUGAGCUUGGAUCGGGUACGGGCUUGGUUGGACUGGCAAUGGCAGGCUUAGGCGCAGACGUUGUUCUGACAGAUCUGCCCAGCAUCUGCCCGAACCUGGCCUACAAUGCGCAACAGAAUCGGGAGGCCGUCAGUCUCAAUGGCGGGACAGUCCGCACAGCUAUGCUGGACUGGACAGACCCUACCUCCUGUGAACCGCUGCCAGACAACAACAGUACUGGCGACGACGCAUCCAUUCCUGCCAAAUUCCCCUUGAUUCUUGCUGCAGAUUCGCUCUACUCUCCAGACCACCCGCGCAUGUUGGUGGAUACUAUCGGCGUUUGGCUGUCUCCGGACGACAACGCUACAGUGAUCAUCGAGUUUCCAUACCGAGACGCUUACUUGCCUGAAAUCAAGGACUUUCGCCGCCGGAUGUUAGAGCUCGGGCUACAGGUAGUGGAAGAAGGAGAAGAGAAAGGACGCGAUGACUGGGGCCCGUCCGAGGCGAGCGAAGAUCAAGACGAUGAUGCACUCAACCCCUCCUUCAUCCUCAAAGCCAAAAACGAAGUCAUAUACGAAGACCGGCCCAUCCCCUCUCUCCCCUCCCCCUACGACGUCCUCGUCCGCCCCCGAUGGACCGGCAUCUGCGGUUCAGACGUACACUACUGGGUCGAAGGCCGAAUCGGGCAUUUCGUUGUCGAGAAGCCAAUGGUGCUCGGCCACGAAUCCGCGGGCAUCGUGCACGCCGUCGGCGACAAAGUCAAGAGCCUCAAAGUGGGCGAUGAAGUCGCCAUGGAACCCGGUGUCCCCUGCCGCCGCUGCGUCCGCUGCAAAGACGGAAAAUACAAUUUGUGUCCUGAUAUGGCGUUUGCGGCGACGCCGCCGUAUGAUGGUACGCUGGCGAGGUAUUAUACGCUGCCGGAGGAUUACUGCUAUAAAUUGCCGGGCAAUAUGAGUAUGGAGGAGGGUGCGCUUAUUGAACCUACGGCUGUUGCUGUACACAUUACGCGACAAGCUUCUAUCAAGCCCGGCGACUCUGUUGUUGUAUUCGGUGCCGGGCCCGUCGGUCUGCUGUGCUGUGCUGUCGCGAAAGCGUACGGCGCGAAGAAGAUCGUCACCGUCGAUAUCAACGACGAGCGGCUCAACUUUGCGCUCAAGUACGCUGCGAACGCGAGUUUCAAGUCUGCGCGAGUGAGUGCGCAGGAGAAUGCGCAGAAUCUGGUUAAGGAGUGUGGGCUUGGUGCCGGUGCGGAUGUUAUUAUUGAUGCCAGUGGUGCGGAGCCGUGUAUUCAGACUGCUAUUCAUGCGUUGAGGAUGGGGGGGACUUAUGUUCAGGGCGGCAUGGGCAAACCCGACAUCAACUUCCCCAUCAUGGCCAUGUGCACCAAGGAACUCAACGUCAAAGGCUCUUUCCGCUACGGCUCCGGCGACUACCAAACUGCCAUCGAUCUCGUUGCGGGCGGCAGGAUCAGUGUCAAAGAGCUUAUUACGGGUAAGGUCAAGUUUGAUGAGGCGGAGAAGGCGUUUGCGGAUGUCAAGGAAGGGAAGGGGAUUAAGAUUUUGAUUGAGGGGCCGGAGGGGCAGUAA